ACUUCCGGUUCCGGUAAAGUGACAGGCCCCGGAGUCCGCAGGAAGCCUUUUCAGGAGACAUCGGGACCGGGAGAUGAGAUGACAACAUCAACCCUGCAGAAAGCCAUUGAUCUGGUGACCAAAGCCACAGAGGAGGACAAGAAUAAGAAUUAUGAAGAGGCUCUGAGGUUAUACCAGCAUGCUGUGGAGUAUUUCCUGCACGCAAUUAAAUAUGAAGCUCACAGUGACAAGGCAAAGGAAAGUAUCCGAGCCAAGUGCGUGCAGUAUCUGGAUCGUGCGGAAAAGCUUAAGGAUUACCUGAAAUCAAAGGACAAACAGGGCAAGAAACCUGUCAAGGAGUCACAAAAUGAGAAGGGCAGCGAUAGCGACAGUGAAGGUGAAAAUCCAGAAAAGAAGAAACUUCAGGAGCAGCUGAUGGGUGCCAUCGUCAUGGAGAAGCCAAAUGUCGGGUGGAAUGAUGUGGCUGGAUUGGAAGGCGCAAAGGAAGCAUUGAAAGAGGCUGUGAUAUUACCUAUCAAAUUCCCCCACCUAUUCACAGGAAAGCGCACACCCUGGCGUGGUAUCUUGCUGUUUGGACCCCCAGGAACAGGAAAGUCUUACCUGGCCAAAGCUGUCGCAACCGAAGCCAAUAACUCCACGUUCUUCUCAGUGUCCUCCUCUGACCUGAUGUCUAAGUGGCUGGGAGAAAGUGAGAAGCUCGUAAAGAACUUAUUUGAAUUAGCACGACAACACAAACCCUCCAUCAUCUUCAUCGAUGAGGUCGACUCCCUUUGCGGCUCUCGAAAUGAAAAUGAAAGCGAAGCUGCCCGCAGGAUCAAGACCGAGUUCCUGGUGCAGAUGCAGGGUGUUGGCAAUAACAAUGAUGGGAUCCUUGUUCUGGGAGCUACAAAUAUACCCUGGGUGCUGGACUCUGCCAUCCGGAGAAGGUUUGAGAAGCGGAUAUACAUCCCACUACCAGAGGAAGCUGCCCGAGCUCAGAUGUUCCGCCUGCACUUAGGGAACACCCCACACAGCCUAAACGAACCCAAUAUUCGUGAGUUGGGCAAGAAAACCGAUGGCUACUCGGGCGCAGAUAUCAGCGUCAUCGUGCGUGACGCGUUAAUGCAACCAGUGCGCAAAGUGCAAUCCGCCACCCAUUUUAAAAAGGUACGAGGUCCAUCUCGUACGACCCCUGGUGCCCAAGUGGAUGACCUGCUAACACCGUGUUCUCCUGGAGACCCCGGAGCCAUCGAGAUGACCUGGAUGGAGGUACAGGGGGAUAAACUUCAGGAGCCUAUAGUCUGUAUGUCUGAUAUGCUGCGAUCUCUGGCUACCACUCGGCCCACGGUGAAUUCUGAGGACCUGCUAAAAGUGAAGAAAUUUACAGAAGACUUUGGGCAGGAGGGAUGAACCAGAGUGGGCACCGUGAGGGGAGGGGGCAUCAUGUUUACUUGCUUGUCUCGAAAUGCCCCCCACCGAUAACAUUGCAGGAAACUACAGGCUCUGGCCAUAUCCAGGACUCUUAGUGUCCCCUCUGGCCCUACGUUGCCUGGGAGGCUCCACUCACCUUCAACAAGAUUCUGUCUGAGGUUUACAUUCAUUUGCCAUCAGUCACCGAAUCGCCAUGUGACUGCCAUCCCUUCCCCCUAACAACCAGCAGGGGGAGCCCCAUUCUCCUGACUUACAACUGACUUCCAAUUGAUUGUAAUUCCCCC